AUGCUUUAUGCGGAGAAGGUUACACUUGUGUGGCAAUCUGUUUGCCAGCAACCACCAUCUCCAGACCAGCAACAUGUCCGUGGGGCAGGUACAAAUGGUGUUGACAUCUACAAUGAAUCCGAGAAUGUGCGAAGCAAAACUCCAGCCUCCUACACGUCCAAUAUGGCAUCCUGGAUAGCUCUCUUGUUAUUUGGGCUGGGUUCAGCCACAGCGCAACAAUACUAUAUCCCCGUGACAGGCACAUCGGCAAGACCUCAAUGCCAGGCCACACCAUCCUACUCACAGCCCACAUACUCGCCAUACUCUGCGUUUGCCUAUUCCAUGACCGAGACAGUACGCACUGCCACAUCAGUUCAGCCUGGCCCUACCAUCACUUAUGCGCCGCCCGCUGCUUCACUGACGAGCCUCCUCUCGUCGCUUUCGUUCACAACAUGGGGCAAGUGGGAUCCUAAUGCCACAGCCUCCGCCACGGACACGGACAACCCCUACGGAGAUGCUGCGUGGACCGCAUUAUGGAACACCACCGUCUCGCCGACUCCUAUCCCAACAACCGAGCUCGUACUGCCUCCUCCAGAUUACUUCGGACCGACGGAUUGCUAUUACUUCCCGGCUGAUUUUCAGUUUGGCGUUGCCGGUUCCGCUGCUCAAAUCGAAGGAGCCACCGCCGACGAAGGCAAAUCCCCUUCGCUCAUGGACAUUUUGAUCCAGGAUGAUCGCCCCAAGGACUAUGUCACAAACGAAAACUAUUACUACUACAAGCAAGAAAUAGAAAGACUGGCCUCGAUGGGGGUCAAGUACUACUCUUUCAGCCUUGCAUGGAGUCGGAUCCUGCCUUUUGCACUGCCUGGCACUCCUGUCAAUCGGCAGGGACUUGACCACUACUCUGACUUGAUCGAUUUUGUGCUUGAGAAAGGCAUGAUCCCAGUGUUGACCGUCCUACACUUCGACACUCCCGCGCAGUUCUUUGCUGCCAACCUGUCGGCGGCUCAGGCGAAACCCUUGAUAGGCUAUUCAAACGGCGGGUAUCAGAAUGAGACGUUCGUCGACGCCUACGUCAAUUAUGCAAAGAUUGUCAUGACGCACUACGCAGACCGCGUCCCGAUUUGGUUUACAUUCAAUGAGCCGUUCAUCUAUUCCUUCAAUGGCUUGUCGGUGGACCAUGUGCUCAAAGCCCAUGCCCAGGUUUAUCAUUUCUACAGAGAGUCAAUCAACGGAACGGGCAAAAUCUCGCUCAAGUUCAACGACAACUUCGGCGUGCCCCGCGAUCCCGCCAAUCCAAACGACGUCUAUGCAGCCGAUCAUUUCAACUCGUUCCAACUGGGGCUGUUCUGCAACCCGAUAUUUCUGGGCGAGGACUAUCCGGACAGCUACAAAGAGACGGUUCCAGAUUACGUGCCUCUCGCUCCAGAGGAUCUGGCCUACAUCAACGGGACAGCCGACUUUCUUGGUAUUGAUCCGUACACGGCAACCGUUGUCUCCCCACCAGUCGCGAACUCGACCGACUCGAUUCACGAGUGCUGCACCAACACGUCCAGCACUUACUUUCCAUACUGUGUGAACCAAAGCACAUUGACCACCACAGGCUGGGACGUCGGCUACCGCUCGCAGUCCUACGUCUACAUCACGCCGCGCUACCUCCGCCUGUACCUGUCGUACCUGUACAACACGUUCCACACGCCCAUCGUCAUCACCGAGUUCGGGUUCCCCGUCUUCGGCGAGGCCGAGCAGACCACCUUGAGCGACCAGCUCUCCGACAUGCCCCGCUCCGUUUAUUACCUGUCCUACAUGUCCGAGGUGCUCAAGGCCAUCUGGGAGGACGGCGUGCACGUCGCGGGCGCGUUCGCGUGGAGCUUUGCCGACAACUGGGAAUUCGGCGACUAUACCGCCCACUUUGGCCUGCAGACCGUCAACAGGACCACGCAGGAAAGGCGCUACAAGAAGAGCUUCUUCGACUUGGUCGACUUUAUGAAUACUCGGACCAUGCCUCCCCAGCAGGGCUGGUCAGGGGGUUGGACCUUCUGA